AUGCCUGCAUCACCAACAGGGUUUGGAAACUUCAUGGACAGAAGCAUCAACAUGCCCUCUGGAUAUCAAUUAUUGGGUUGCCCAGGAAUGCACCAGCCUCCUCCACAUCUGCUGGGCAUGGCUGGGGUGCCCUUACCUUUCUCAGGAAUACCAGGGUACAGCUUCAUCCCUUAUCCUCAUCCGGGACACAUUGCACACAUUAGCAACUCCUAUGACCUCAAGGCUGCAUCACCUUAUCAUGCAGCUCUUCUCGGUCGCGGAGGACCCUAUUACACACCCUAUCGCCCCAUACCUGCUGAUGACCUCAGCCGGGUUUCCAAGGUGGCCACCAGAGAGAGCACCAGCGCUUUGAAGGCCUGGCUCAGCGAGCACCUCAAAAACCCAUAUCCAACCAAAGGCGAGAAGAUCAUGCUUGCCAUCGUCACCAAGAUGAGCCUCACGCAGGUCUCGACGUGGUUCGCCAACGCCCGGCGCCGCCUUAAGAAGGAGAACCGAGUCAGCUGGGCCUCCAAAGGAAAGUCUGAUGAGGAGGAGGAGGAGGAUGAUGAAGAAGAUGGUGAGAGCGAAGAGGAAGAAUCCUUGAGGAAAGGCUGCACGGAGGAUGAAGAUGAGAUUGAUCCUCAAACAAUUGAUGAGGAGGAUAUAGAGGUCUCAACGUCCGUGGAGGAGCGUUUAGCAGAAGGACUUGAAAAGUCGGAAAAGUCCGAUUCACCGUGUGAAACUAAAAGAGAGGUGUGUAAGCAAAACGCCGAUGUGCAAAAACCCAAAAUCUGGUCACUUGCGGAAACCGCGACCUCAGACAAGAAACCCAACGAGUUUAAACAUCUUCAAAGCCAGACUCCAGACUUUGGGAAAUGGUGGGCUGGAUGGCCUUCAAGGGACACUUACUCACCUAUAAACCUCUCCACACAUGACCAUUUCAAGCAAAGUCAAUGA